AUGGGAAAUCAGCCAUCCAAAGAGGGCGGCCACGCGACUGGCAAAGGCACCGGCGGUGACGGCACUGCCGAAAACCUCAAGUCGUACCCUUCCUUUGGCAGGUCCGACACGAAGGACUCGUCGCGCUCGUUCAAGGCUCUUCGAUCCAAGAUUCCCGGCUCCAGCAAGACCGACAGCCCGAGGAACUCCGUCAUCACAUCCCCUACCGACGAAAAAUCCGACGCCGCGUCAGUCAAGUCGGGGAAAAGCGCAAAGUCCGGUGUCUCCCGAGGCCGCAAUGACUCCGCCACAUCGCCGACGUCGCCCUCGGGUGAUGUUGAAUCCCCGCUCGAUGACUCUCAGCCGCCGCCGUCCCCGACGCAGUCCAGCACCAUCAAGAGCGGAAUUCACGACGUGAGUGCCGCGCAGGCCUCGGGCGAGGUUGACCACGUCUCUGACCAGCCCCCAUGUGCGGGGGGUAGCUUGAACACCCAUAUGCAGCAGCCGGGCAAGUCCAUCCUCGCUACAAAGGGCGGUGACGGCGCCGCCACACCUGUCGCGAAGACGAUGUCGACAAACUCGGGCGAUAGACAAGAGGGGGGCGUGGCUAUGAGUGAAAUCAAGGAUAUCGACCUCGACGACUUCAUCAAGCGGCUCCUCGAUGCAGGCUAUGCGGGCAAGGUCACCAAGAGCGUGUGCCUGAAGAAUGCCGAGAUCGUAGCCAUCUGCCAACGAGCUCGCGAAGUGUUUCUUUCGCAGCCCGCCCUCCUGGAACUCGAUGCCCCUGUCAAGAUUGUCGGUGAUGUUCAUGGUCAAUACACGGAUAUCCUCCGCAUGUUCGAGAUGUGCGGCUUUCCGCCUUCGUCCAACUACCUCUGCCUGGGUGAUUACGUCGACCGCGGCAAGCAGUCACUCGAGACCAUCCUUCUGUUGCUUUGCUACAAGCUCAAGUUCCCCGAGAACUUCUUCCUGUUGAGAGGAAACCACGAGUGUGCUAAUGUCACCAGAGUCUACGGGUUCUACGACGAGUGCAAGCGCCGUUGCAACGUCAAGAUCUGGAAGACGUUCAUCGACUGCUUCAACACACUGCCCAUUGCUGCCAUCGUUGCCGGCAAGAUCUUUUGCGUCCACGGUGGUCUGUCGCCCGCUUUAAGCCACAUGGACGACAUCCGCAACAUUGCCCGUCCCACCGACGUACCCGACUACGGCCUGCUCAACGAUCUGUUGUGGUCUGACCCGGCCGAUAUGGAACAAGAUUGGGAGGCCAAUGAAAGAGGCGUAAGCUAUUGCUUUGGCAAGAGAGUGAUACUGGAUUUUCUUGCGACGCACGAUUUCGAUCUAAUUUGCCGAGCACACAUGGUGGUUGAAGACGGGUACGAAUUCUUCAAUGAUAGAGUCCUUGUCACAGUUUUCAGUGCCCCCAACUACUGCGGUGAGUUUGACAACUGGGGUGCUGUCAUGUCUGUGUCGAACGAGUUACUCUGCAGCUUUGAGCUGCUUAAGCCGCUAGACUCGAGUGCGUUGAAGAGCCACAUCAAGAAGGGCAGAAACAAGAGGCAGAGCAUGCUCAACAGUCCGCCUGCGCACGUCGAGCCACGAAGCGUUUGA